AUGGCUUUCUUUUUCAAUCGCGGCCGGUCGCGGCAACCUGCUGAUAUCGUCCGGACAACAAAGGAAUUACUAUCGAGGAUCCAUGACUCCCAGAAUGCUCCCAAGGCCGAAGAGGAGCUAGCUAAGCAACUUAGUCAAAUGAAGGUGAUAGUACAAGGAACACCAGAGGUUCCCCCAUCAGUGGAUCAAGUCCAUGCACUUGUACAAGCAACCAUUCAAGAAGAUCUACUCUUUGAUCUAUCCCGGAGCAUCCAUUUGCUUCCCUUCGAAGCCAGAAAAGACACUCAGACCGUAUUCUCCCAUAUCCUUCGGUUCCGGCCUACUUCAUAUGCGACCGAAAAGGAUCCUCCUGUUAUCUCAUACCUUGUCCACCAUCGCCCAGAAAUCAUUGUCGAGUUAUGCCGGGGCUACAUGCAGAGUCAAAGUGCAAUGCCUUGCGGGGUCAUUCUCCGAGAGGCACUGAAGUUCGAUGUCAUCACUGCGAUUGUAUUGUAUGAUCAAUCCAGUGAAGGAGAAUCCGCAAUACGACUAUCAGACGUGAAACCCAACCAGCGGCAGAGGGGAGACGGAGUGUUCUGGAGCUGUUUCGAAGUCAGCGCAGAUGCGUACACUACGUUCAGGGAUAUUUUGACCCGCCAUAAGAGCCUUAUGACUUCGUACCUGGCGACCAAUUUUGAACUCUUCUUUGCGCGAUUCAAUAACAUUCUGAUCCACUCGGACUCGUAUGUCACCAAGCGCCAAAGCAUCAAGCUUCUGGGGGAGAUCCUGUUGGACCGUGCGAACUACAAUGUGAUGAUGGCAUAUGUGGAGAGUGGAGAUAAUCUCAAGCUCUGCAUGAAACUGCUACGGGAUGAUCGCAAGAUGGUGCAAUACGAAGGGUUCCAUGUUUUCAAGGUGUUCGUGGCCAAUCCGAACAAAUCGGUGGCAGUGCAACGAAUUCUGAUCAAUAACCGUGAUCGAUUGUUGAGGUUUUUGCCUAAAUUCUUGGAUGACCGAACUGACGACGAUCAAUUUAUGGACGAGAAGAGCUUCUUGGUCCGUCAGAUCGAACUCUUGCCUAAAGAGCCUGUGGAUCGGCGACCAACUCGCGACUCGCCGUCAGCUCACACAGCUGCUGUGGCUUGA